ACCCCGAAGUCGAAGAAAAGAAAAAGAGUCCAGAGAAAAGAUGCUCAGAGAAAAAAAGCACAGCAAAAGAGAAAGUUGAAGAUGCUCUCGUAUCUAAAUCAUAUGAAGAUACCAAUCAAUCUUCAGUCUGCGAAGCAGGAUACUCUGUAUCUAAUACUAUCUCUACUAAACUGGAAAAUUAUAACGACACCUCUUCAGAGAUGAUCUCACAAAGUAAGGAUGUUCCGUUAUCAGAUAUAGUUGAUAAUACUUCAAAUUCUGACUCACGGAGUGAGGAUGCUAUCACAUCUGAAUCUAAUAAUGCUCCAAAUUCCAAUGUAACUGAUAUCGCUUCAAAUUCUGAUGUAGAAAAGAAACUUCGGGAUCAAGAAUUAUCCUGUAUAUCGGUUGAAGAAUCAUGUAGUGAAAAAGUGAGACCGAAAGUCCCACUUGAGCAAAACAGCAAAUCGGUGCCAAUACAGCCUGAAGAAAUAAAAGUUUCGCAUGAUUAUAUAGUCGCCCAAGAUUUCAUUCAAGAAGUGUCUUCAGGGUUCACAGAUGAGGAGAUCAUCGAAGCCAUUGAUAUACUCACUACCAAUAUGACAAUAGAAGUUGAGCUAGCUCAUUUAUUUCUAAAAGUAAGUAUUGAAGAAAAAAAUGCUAUACAAGCUAAACAAAAAGAGAUUUCAUGUCGUUACUCAUACGGAAAAAGAUUUGAAAUGGGAGUUCAAGAACUUAUGGUAAAAGAAAAUAUUUCAGAACAGACAGCGAGAAAACGAUUAUUCCAGGAUAUAAUAAAACACCUUUCUGGAAUAACUUUGGAAACCUUACGUAAAAGAACCCAAAGAUCUAUAAAACUUUACAAAUUAAUCGAAAAGAUAGGAGUUGAUAAGAUUAAGAAUAUCAAGACAUUCAGUGCGGAUUCUAUUUCAAAGUUUACACAACCUCAAAUUCAAAUAAUUCUGGAUUAUUUUAGUGAAAGUGAAAAAGUGAGACCAAAAGUCCCACUUGAGCAGGAUGGCAUUGUCAAUCCUGUAUCUAAUGCAGAAUCUAUUGAUAUUAUCAACAGAGCCGACAUGACCAAAAAGACCCUACCGAUAGCUCAAGCAAGUGUACAGCCUAUAUUUGAACCAGAAAUCAAUGUAAGUGUAUCAUUCACAUCUUUCACCUCUGAUUCGGAAGAUAUAAUAAGUAAGGAUAACAAAUCUUUAAUGGAAGCCGAG